AAAUAAUUAUCUCCUCGACGCCCGUUACUGUCUGCACGUGAGUCUAAUACUUUCCGACCUUUAUUCAUUCAUUAUUAUUUGUUGAUUAUUAGAUCAAUAUAAUUGAUAUUAUAGUCCAUUUAUUUGGCCGCCCUCUAAGAAAGCAUUUGAUUGAGAUCAACCUUGGAGAAUCACCAACAACAAAGAAAUGGCCAAACCUUUAAUUCCAUUGUUUGUUCUAGCUUUGUUCCACACCUCAGCUUAUGGUGUUUCCCCAGUGAGAAAUCCCACCAGCAGCAACUCAGGAACAAGCGUAGCGGAGGAGUUUCUUGAACCACACAACCAAGCAAGGGCUGCAGUUGGAGUUGGUCCUCUCGAGUGGAGUGAGAAUCUAGCCAAUUCCACUGGCCGCCUUGUUAGAUACCAAAGAAACAAAAUGGGCUGCCAAUUUGCAAACCUGACGAGUGGCAAAUACGGAGCAAACCAAUUUUGGGCAAGCGGCAUGACGGUGACGCCACGCAUGGCAGUCGACGCUUGGGUGGAGGAGAAAAAGUACUACAAUCAUUCUGAUAACUCAUGUGCACCGAAUCACAGGUGCGGUGUUUACACACAAGUGGUAUGGAGGAAAUCUCUGGAGCUGGGGUGUGCUCAAGCUACUUGUGCUAAGGAGCAGGUUACUUUAACCAUUUGUUUUUACAAUCCUCCUGGAAAUUAUGAGGGAGAAAGUCCCUAUUAGAUAAAUUAAUUUGCAGGGCAGCCUGAUCUCACUUUCUGUAUGCAGACUUCUGUGUUAGUCUUGUUUUAAGAGAGAAUCAGGAUUCGGGAGUAGCAGUAAUGCUGAAUAAUUUUAGUGUAAUCUGUAUUAUCAUAAACCCUUAACAAUAAUUGUAGUGUUUGCAUUACAUAAAUACAAAAGCGCCUCAUGCUCCAA